CAUUCCUUCAACGGGCAACGCGGUGUAAAUAAAUAGAAGGCGCGAACCUUUCAGCGGAUCCCCUCAUUCGUCGCAUCGGCCUCGUUCGCUUCCCAUCUCUCGCUUCUCCUUGCCUUUCUAGCGGGAGGCGGAGAGCUCUCGGAAAGAUAUACGUCUCAGUGGCCUGACGCCCCCCUUCGUUCGGUUCUUUUGGUGGCAAGCCAUGGCAGAGGAGAUUAACCGUCCAACUGUCAUCCAGAAGGUUGUUGGGCAGUUCCAUCUUAGAUCCAGCUUUUCCCCAGAUAUGCAGGCUCGCAACUGCGGCUUUUAUAUGCCCUCUUUGUAUGAGAGGCAGUACACAGCAGGGAAAAAUGGCAGCUUGCAGAAUCCUCUGCUGCAGGUUUCCAGUGCUAGCUAUGAUCUCCCUAUGUUGACACCUGUUUCACCUGUUUCUGCCCAUGCGCCUUCAGAAAAAGGUUUUGCCGGCUUUGCUGUUGAUUUCCUUAUGGGUGGUGUGUCAGCUGCAGUAUCCAAAACUGCUGCUGCUCCUAUUGAGCGUGUGAAAUUACUAAUUCAGAACCAGGAUGAGAUGAUCAAGAGUGGCCGUCUUUCUGAACCUUACAAAGGAAUUGGAGACUGCUUCGGCCGAACAAUCAGAGAUGAAGGUCUCGCUUCGUUAUGGAGAGGGAAUACAGCGAAUGUUAUUCGCUAUUUUCCAACUCAGGCUUUGAACUUUGCAUUUAAAGAUUACUUCAAGAGGAUGUUCAAUUUUAAGAAAGACAAAGAUGGGUACUGGAAGUGGUUUGGAGGCAACCUUGCUUCAGGUGGUGCUGCUGGUGCUUCAUCUCUACUGUUUGUUUACUCUCUAGACUAUGCCCGUACCCGUCUGGCAAAUGACGCAAAAGCAGCAAAGAAGGGAGGGGAAAGACAAUUUAAUGGUCUUAUUGAUGUCUAUCGGAAGACUAUGGCAUCUGAUGGCAUUGCUGGGCUUUACCGUGGAUUUAACAUUUCAUGUGUUGGAAUUAUAGUGUAUCGUGGUCUUUACUUUGGAAUGUAUGAUUCUUUGAAGCCAGUUGUCCUCACCGGAAAACUUCAGGAUAGCUUUUUUGCAAGCUUCGCGUUGGGUUGGUUAAUCACAAAUGGUGCUGGACUUGCAUCAUAUCCUAUUGAUACUGUUCGCAGAAGAAUGAUGAUGACCUCUGGAGAAGCAGUCAAGUACAAGAGCUCUCUUGAUGCUUUCUCUCAGAUCCUGAAGAAUGAGGGGGUGAAGUCCCUGUUCAAGGGUGCAGGUGCGAAUAUUCUCCGUGCAAUUGCAGGUGCUGGUGUUCUUGCUGGUUAUGACAAGUUGCAGCUGAUUGUCUUCGGCAAGAAGUAUGGCUCUGGUGGUGCUUAAGGGGUGUUACUGAACAAGUCAUUUUUCCACAGACGGUGAUGAAAACCAAACUUGGAUUUUUUAUGUUCGAGUCUACAUGCAUCCAUUAAGUUAAUGCUUAAUAAUUUUUGUAGGGGGGAAUUCUCCCAACAAAUAUUUUGGUGGACUAUUUUUCUCCAAACCUUAAUUAUCAUGGUUGUAGUUGAUAGUGCACCUUCCUUUAGUUGAUGUAACUUUUUAGUGAUUUGGCCUGCUCUCUGUCCUACAUACUUUUGCAAUUUAACAACAUGAUGUUGUCAAGAGUUAGCAAUAAUCAACAGCUGUUUUUUCUUUUUUU